AUGGAGGAAGAGCCACUAUUUGAGGAGGCACAUAAUAGUAGUGAUGAAUAUGAGGCUGCAUAUGACAGUGAUAACAAUCCUUUCUGCAUGGAGAAGUACAUGAUUUCUGAAGACACGAACAUAAUAGAGGGGAGUAUAUUAGCAGAGAAAGAAGAUGAAGAUCAAGAUGAUGAUUCAGAUGAUGAUUCAGAAGAGGAACAAGUACAUUAUGAGGGUGACACUGAGGUUGAGGAUUUGUUUGAGAUGGAGGAAGAGGAGCAGGAGAAGGAGGAGGAGGAGGUUAAUGUUGUUGCAGGAGAAGAACCACCAAUGGAAAAGCCUACAAAAAGGAGGAAGAAGCUAGCAGUUAGGAGAGGCCCCACAAGUAGGUCACAUUCAAAUGUGUUAGAGGAGGUGAAACCUGAUUUCAUUCAUUCAUCAGAAGAAGAAGAUGAUGGGUUGCUGUUUCAGGAUGAAGAUGAUGGGCAUGAGCUACUCUCAUUUGUUCUAACAAAAGGGAGGAAGGGUAGGGCCAAGAAAAGAAAACCAAGGAUCUGGUACAAUGACAAACUUCAGCAACCACAUCAACAGUUAUGUCUGUACAUGUGCUUUAAGGAUCAGCAGAAAUUUAGAGAUGAUUGUUGA